AUGGGCCAGUGUGUCACCAAGUGUAAGAACCCAUCGUCCUCGCUCGGCAGCAAGAGUGGCGACAAGGAGCCUGGGUCCAAGUCCCACCACAAGAAAGGCGGGGGCACGGGAGGCAGUGGCGGAGGAGGGCACAAGGAGGAGCCCAGCGCCCUGUGCAACAAGGCCUCCAGCGAGCUCAUGUUCAACGGCACCAAGAACGCCUUGGAGGUUACCGUGGAGACCACGGUGAUCCCCGCAUCGGCCAUGAUGGGGGACCUGAGGAAUGAGGAGCGCUCGGUGGCAGACAGGGAGGGGCCGUCCUUGCUGCGCAUCGAGGAGCUUUUCUGCUGCUACAAGGACCCACAGGAGGAGUCUAUCUUGGAGGAGGGCAUGGAGAGGUUCUGCAACGACCUGUACGUGGACCCCGCCGAGUUCCGCGUGCUGGUCCUCGCCUGGAAGUUUCAGGCGGCCACCAUGUGCAAGUUUACAAGGUGAGAGAUGGGUUGGGAAGGGGUAGGGAUAAGACAAAGAAAAUGCUACAUCAAUGUGUUCUUGCCUGUUAUUCAGAGAACAUGUUCUGUGAAGAUUCCUCAAGUCAAGUAUUGGUCCAAAAGAGACCAUAUUAGCUCAUAAUGUCUGGUGCUUGAUCUCUGACCAAAUUCUAAAAUGGCUACUUCUGUCCUGCACUGUCUGUUGUUAGGCUAGCUUCCUCUCACUGUGCAGUGUUUUGUUUAACAUUGUUCUGGCUGGCCACCCCACUCCACCUCCACUCUUUUCAUCAGCUCUGUAGCUCACACUUGCUAGUUGACAGGUAGAGGGCAUACAGGAAAUAGAAUCAGUCUCUGGCUCUGACACUGCACUCUGUAAUGAGUGGCUAAGAUUAGUAUGGAGUGGACAGUGUGUCUUUCUCUGAUUGUCUAUUGCUCAGAUGAUUCUGUCUCAUCAAUUGUCAUGUAAUGUUGUACCUAGUCUGAAGAUUGGACCUAUUGCCAUCAUUUUACCUAUUAAAAAUGUUUCUAAUCUGAGAUGCCUAUAGCCAGAAACUUUAAAAGGUUUACUGUCGCUUUGCUGUUCACACCAGGUCUGAUUUAAUGUCUGCUGUAUAAAAGGGGGUGGAAAAACAAGGCAUAUCAGGGGACAUAUCUGGCCAGGGUGAAAUGCUGAAGCGACAGAAGCACAAUGUGGCAGGGUGAGAGGAUGUGGCAGGGUGACAGGAUGUGGUCAAGUUAAUCUCAGGGGGCAUCUUGCCCAUUCUCUCCCUGUGCUGUAAAGUGUCUGGGUCUGUUUCACUUUGUUAUACUGAUAAAGAGUUGAGAGACCUAGAAGGCACAGUUAUUUCCUUGCUUACUUUACCUGACUUGUGUAUGUUGAGGCCUUGGUGAUGUUUAUCAGAGUUUGAUGGUAAGAGUUUCUCAACUGAGCUGUUGACUUGAAAUUGCCCAGGUUGUCAGUGUUGCCAAAAAUGUAAGAAACUGACAGGUUUUUCUCCAUAAGGCUCAUUGCCCUGAGUUGAUAUUAUGUUGCGGCAAGGUUAUUAUAGAUUUGUGUUUUUAUAUUGGUUUUAUUUCUAAUCAUUUUUUUUUUUUUCAAUUUUUAUUUUAAAUUCAGUUUAGUUUCAGUUCGUUUUCAGACCUGAUUUGCUAGUUUUUAUUUAGUAAAAAUAUUUCUAUAUAGUUUUUAUUUAGUUGCAGUUGUAGUUUUAGUGUUGGACAGAAAGCAUGUGUGGGAGGCUAGGAACCGUUUGUGUUGGAUAGUUUAUUUUGUGGUGUUUUUUGGGAUCUUACUACAGUACUACAUAGUGCCAUGGCUACAUGGAACUAUAUUCCACAUCAGGUAAGAUUUCUUUAUUUUUACUGAUGAUAAUACACCUUAUGGAACAGCGGGGACUGUGAAGAGACAGGCACACAUACACAUGAUAAGACAUGCACAUGGAUUUUGUAUUGUAGAUAUGUGGUAGUACAGUAGUGGCCUGAGUGAACACACCUAAUGUGUUAUGAAAUAUAAUGUCAUGUAAUAUUUUAAAUUGUAUGUAACUGCUUUAAUGUUGCUGGACCCCAGGAAGAGUAGCUGCUGCCUUGGCAGUAGCUAAUGGGGAUCCUUAAUAAAUACAAAUACCACUGAGAGGGCAGUAAUACAUAAGGUGAUGGAUCAGGUCAUAGGUUAGGUUGAAAUGAUAAAGUAAAUCUCAAUGUGACUUGGAUUCAAAAGGAAUAGCACCAAGACUGGUGCAAAAAAUAUGAUGGAAGCAAACUCUCGCCCAUGUUUACACCAAUCCAAUGCUAGCAAUAGUGAUGCACUAAGUAGGCCUAUUUGAAACAACACCAUCUUCUGGCAGCAUUUACCAGCCAGAUUCUGUAGCUUGAAAACACCCCAAAAUCUCUUAAACUCUGUUAGAUUUUUUGCCAAAGUUUUUAGAAUAAAACUAAACAAUUCAUGAUGAUUUGUAUUAUAUUUAGUUUUGGAGUCAAAUAUAGUUUCAGUAUUGUUAAUUAUUUUAUUUAAGUUUACUAAAUAGUUUUUUGAAGAAUCAUAAAAAAAUAUAUAUAAUAACCUUUUGUUGUGGUCUAUAACGCAGCCCUGUUUCUCUCCGCCUGUCUGUAGGACGGAGUUUGUAGACGGAUGCAGGGCAAUCCAGGCGGACAGUCUGGAGGGCAUCUGCUCCCGGUUCCCCUGCAUGCUGCUGGAGGCACAGGGCGAGGAGAACUUCAAGGACCUGUACCGCUUCACCUUCCAGUUCGGCCUGGACGCCGAGGAGGGCCAGCGCUCGCUGCAGCGUGACAUCGCCAUCGCCCUGUGGCGCCUGGUCUUCACGCAGGACACGCCGGCCAUCCUCGAGCACUGGCUGGACUUCCUGGGCGAGAACCCAUCGGGCGUGCGGGGCAUCUCGCGGGACACCUGGAACAUGUUCCUCAACUUCACGCAGGCCAUCGGGCCGGACCUGAGCAACUACAGCGAGGACGAGGCCUGGCCCAGCCUCUUCGACACCUUUGUGGAGUGGGAGAUGGAGCGCAGGAAAAAGGACGAGCUGUUAAAGAGGUCAGAGGAGGAGGACAGGGGAUGCACUGAGACUGAUGAGAGCUCUCCCUCCAGCACAGACAGACUUGAAACAGAGGGCGGACGGGGCUCACAGACCUGGGGGGGGCACUGACUAUAGGACUAUAGAAUUCUGUGGAGGGAGGUCGGGG